AUGUAAGGAAAUGACUUGUCAUCGGAGUAGAUGUAGAAAGAUGCAGAAAUCAAAAUGAUUCAAGAUAGAGAAUAAAAUGAAGAGCUUUAACAAUAGGAAGAGAAAAAACCACUCUUUUCAAAUUCAACAUAAAGAUGGAUAUUAUGGAUAUUAGAUGUAGUAGGAUUAAUCAUAUUUCUUGGGUAUUGCUAUUUCAUUCAAAGUUAUAUCUCAACAAUUUACUUCUUGAUUUUCAUGUUGAUUAUCUAAACUUGGGAAACUAAGCUGUAUAAAAUCGGAAUGUUUGAAAGAAGAGAUUCUGAUAAAAAGGUAAAUACUUAGAAAAUUGUAAUUAGAUUUACAAAGAUCCAUUGGAUUUUCUUUAGAAUUAUACUAAAAUACGAGAAUUGUACAAACAAAGAAAAACAAUUGCAGCUAAUACUUAAAAUAUAGAAGAUGAUGAUUCAGAAGCAUCUGGAUUUGAGGAUACUGAAAUUAAAUAUAAACCUUUGUAUUGGAUUAUUUUCAAAGAUUAGAACCAUGCCAUUUGGAUAUUUUUAUUAAUUUUCUCAGCAUUGAGUUUAGUAAUGAAAGGAGUUUUUAUUGGAAUUAUUAAAAAUGAUCCUUCAUAAGCAUAAAAUAUUAUGAGUCUAUAGAAUUAUGAAGGAAUUGAAGUUUAUUUCGAAUUAAAGAAUAAUAAAUUUGUUAUAACUACUAAAGAUUAUGUUAAAAUAUUCUUACCAAAUUCACUUAUAUUUGUAUUUUGUUGUUUAGUAAUGGCAUUAAGAAGAGUUAAGAAAAAGAAAUAUUUAGAAUAAUUUGGAGAAUCUAUGAAUAGAUAGAUAUUUUCAUUUUAUUUUGUUAUUAUAUGGCUAUUUCUAGCAAUGAUUAUAAUUACUUAUUAGUCACUUAUAGGAUAUUUUUAUUUUAUUUUGCAAUUGAUAGUUGGUCUUAGAUAUUUUUAAAAAGAAGCUACAAUCACUUAAUUUGAUUAAUUUAUUUUGAAAAUAUUAAAAGCUACAAUGUUAAGCACAUUAUUAAUAGUUUAUUUUGCUGGUACUCCAAUUAUCACUUAAUAUAUAAGUGAGACAUCAUAUUGGCCAUAAUUUUUUGGUUUAGAUGUAAUUUAUUGGAUGAGAAUUAAUAAUUAAUGGAAUGUAAUUUAUAAUUUUUUAAAUAGAGUUACAUAUUCAUGGCUGGAGGUUUGGCAUUAUUUGCAUUCUUAUGUAUUAUGUCAGAGUAAUAUACAAAUGAAGAAAGAAAAAUAAAAUUUAAAGAUCCAAUUUAAGAAUGUAUUACAAAUUAUGAGAUUUAUCUUUUUAAAAAAUAAAAAUAUAAUACAACUAUUAUAGAAGAUAAAGAAGCACCUAAUAUUGAAAUUAAAUAAAAAAUAGAUGAUAAUUAAGAGGAUUUACAAAAGUAAUUGGGUGAAGAAAAUGAACUAAAAUAAAUUAUGCCUGGAUAAACAGUAAGAAUGUCUCAUGUAGAAGAAGGUGAUGAAGAAGAUAAAAAUAAAAUUCUUUAUAAAUUAAAUACUACCUUAUUUUCAUUAGGAAAUAAAUUGUCUAAAUUUCUUGAUUAACCUAUUGUUACACUUAGACUACUACAAUUAUUAAUGAUUACAAUUGUUAUAAUGUAAAAAACCUAUGAAUCUUUGCUGUCAGUAAUUUGGAUCUUAAUUACAGGUAUUUUUAAUUAUUAAUUAGGUUUCACACUUUAAUAUAAUAUUAAUUCAUUCACUUCUUUAGUUUUAGCAUUACCUUCUGUUUUCAUUAAUUAUCUUGUAUUUUAUUAUUAAUGCAUCCCAAAUAUGAAUUUACCUGAUAAUCCUUUUUUAAUAUGUAAUUCUUAAGAUUUAGUAUGUUAAAAAAUUGGAUUCUUUAAUCUUAAUGAAGAUUAUAAAAAAGUUAUCAAUGUAAAUUUAUUGAAUAAUUUUUAGCUUCUUAUUAUGAAUAUUGCUAUUUAAGCAUUCUUUCUCUUUAUUCGAUAAGUUCAUCAAUAUGAGUAGUAUUAAUCAAUAUUGUAAUCUACUAAAAAAUCUUAAGUAUAGACUAAUGCAAAUAAAAAAUAAUUGAAGGUAAUUAACAAAAUAUAUUAGUUAAGGAUGUGAGCUGGUUAACUUUAAUUUUUGCCAUUUUAUUAAAAGUUUCAUAUGUUGUAGCUUUAAUAAUAGUAUAUUGGAUUGGAUUUUUUGAUGUCAAUCUUAUCUAAGGUUUUUUAGUGGUUUUUUUGAUGAUUUUUAUCAUUAAUGAUUCUACCCUUUGCAUUUAUAAAUAAAAAAAUGAUAAAAAUGAAAUUAAAGAAUAUAUUGUUCCAUUUUCAUUCAAAUAUUGGAUUGUAUUUUUAAUAUACAUUAGUUUAAUCACAUCAUUAAGAUACAUAUAUAUAUUAUUUUUUAUGGGAUAAAGCACUAUUAAAGAAGAUAAGCAAUGGAUUAUUAGUUUAAUAGGAAUCAAUAAUUAAGAUAAUUAUGAUAUUCUAUUUUGGGUAUUAUUUUAUUUUGCAGCUCUUUAAUAUGAUUCUUAUAGAUCUAAAAUUUAUCUUAAAUAUUCAAAUUAAAUAGUUAAUAUAUUUUUAGAAAAAAUAAGUAAUAAAGAAAAACAGAUUAAAAUAAGAACAACCAUAUAAACCCUUUAUUUAUUAUUUAUGAAAACAAUCAUUUGGAUUACAUUCACACUAAAUAUAUGUUUUAUAAUUUUUACCCAAUUUUCAUUUGUGAAUUUAGGAUUGUUUAUAUAUAUUGGAGGACUCUUUUUGUAUUAUACUCUUAGAUUUAUUCAAGACCGAGUUAACUAUUAUUCAAUGUCAAGAUGUUGGUAUAUAUAUUUAUAUUUACUUGUAUUUGCAUUUGUAAUUAGAUAUAUAUUUUAAUUUAUUUGCCUACCCAAUUAUAGUUAAAUUAUAGAAUCUAAAUUAGAAUCUCUGUAUGAUAAUUUAUAAUUUAAGUAUCAAUAAUAUGGAUUUUAUUAAUACAAUUAAAGUAAAUUAAGGCUUGAAUACUUGCCUGAUAUGAUUUCCAUAUUUUUUGGAGCUAUUUCUUUGAAUACUUACUAAUUUUUUAAAGAGGCCUAAAAAACAAAAUUGAAUUAGGCAAAUUAAUCUAAUUAACCACCAAAUAAUAUAGAAAAACCUCUAUUAUAAGCUGAUUCACUAUUGUUUUAAUCAGGAGCUAGUGAAAAUGCAUUAACUGAUAAAAUAGAAAAACAAUAAUAAAAAGAUCUAGAAGAUUUAGUUAAAAUUAUGUAGAUUAAUAUUUUAGAUGAAUAUAAAUUCCUUCAAAAGCCUAUAAUGUUUAUAGCAUAAAUUAAUACAGAUAUAUUAACAUUAUAUGUUGUUUUUUCAGUUGUCUUUUUUGUUUAAUCAAUUGCUUCAUUCUUUAUAUUAGUUUUAUAUUUAAGUUAUUUUGUAGCUGUUCAUAAUGAAUUGUUAGAUAAUGUGGAAUAAAAGAAUUUAUUAGCAAGAUUAAAAUAAAGUAAAUUUUAAAUUAUUAUUUUAGAAAUUGUGAAUUUGAAAAAAACAUAUUUAGAUUACUGUUCUAAAUAAUAAAAUUAAUAAAAUGAUGAAGAAGAUGAAAUUAAUUUAGUUUAAACAACUAAUCUUAUAACAAUGACAAGAAUGAAAAUAAGAAUAGAAAAAAAAGUUUCAAUUUGGAAAAUUUCUUUUAGUUUUAGUUGUUUUUGUGUAUUUGUGACGUAUUUAUCUUAAUAUUUAUCAUUAUUGAUUGAAUAAGUUAAUGUAGAUAAAUAACAAGGAAUAUUAGAUGCAUAAUUAGGAUUGUUUAUAUUUGGAACUUUUGCUUAAGAAAUUAAUGUUGCUUAAACAUGUUUUUGUGGAUAGGCAGGAAAUAAUGAAUGUUAAGGAAAUAAUGAUUCUGAAUCAUCAACUAUAUUUGAUGAGGUUUUAUUCUAUUUAAUACUUGUAUUUGCAAAUGUUGUAGAUGCUGGAUGUACUAUGUUUCUAAAAGAAUAAUUAGAUUAAGAAUAAGAAAAUCUAAAUUCAUUUGAAAAUAAAUUUUAAUAAUAGAAAUAAAAAACUGAAUCUAGAUAAGUCAUAUCAAGAUCAAUGAUUUAUACUUUGAAAGGUAUUCAUAAUCAAGCUUAGGGAGACAGUCCAGUUUAAUUUAUUUCAGAAUAAUAGGAAAUAGAUGAUUAAAAUGAACUAGAAGAAUUUAAGAAACAGUUUCCUUUUUUAUCUAUAAAUAUUUUAAAUUAAUAUGAUUAAACCCAAGAAUUGAGUUUAGAUGAUUUGAAAAAGAUUUAAAUUGCAGCUAAAGAUAUCAAUUAUUACAAUAAUAGAUCAAGAAUAUUUAAUCUCAAUUUAACAAAUGCUGGAUUUGUGACUUUACAACGAGUGUUUAUUUUAAUUUUAUUAUUAAAUACUCUUUUAGCUAAUAAUAUUUUUUCUUUAGUCUAUUUGGGAGUAGCUGCCUAUUUAUUUAUGUAAAAGACUGGAGCAUCCAAUAUUAAAAUUUUAAACACUUUUUCAGUUGUUGCUAUUUGGAUAUAAUAUAUUAUGAUAUACUUUUUAAAUUUUGAAUUAUAAGAAAAUGAUCAAUUAUUACCUGUUUUGGCUUAAAAUUAUAAUAGAGAUGCAUUUAGUUUAAUUAAGAAGGCAUAGGUAUUUUAAGAAUAUCCAUAUUUUAUUCCAUAUCUUGGCUUUGAUAAUGGACCUAUUAUGGAUUGUUCAAAAUUUGACAGUUAUACUAAUACAACUAUAAUAAAUGAUUUAGAAACAAACUAUUGCAUUACCAAUAAUAAUAUUGAAUGGAUUUUCAUUUUAAAUACUCUCGUGCUUUCUCUUAUUUAUUUGUAUUUUUUACUUUUGCAACAUAUGUCUAAAUUGAUUUUAUCCACAACUAUUAAAAUGGAAUUAGAUUUUCAAUUUACAUAAUCAGUAUUGUAAAAACUAUAUUCCAAAUGUAAGUUUUAAAUCCAUUUAAAUUAUUAAAAUUGGAAAAAUAGAGUUUAUUCUACCAUGUCUGGAAUUGUUUAAUAAAUAAUUAAAAUUAAUCAUAUUAUUUUUAUUUCUAUUAUCAUAUUGUUGGCUAAGUCAAAUAGAAUUCUUUUAAAUUAUUUUGAAUUUAUUUUAGCUGUUUCAUUUUUAGUUAUUUUUGAAUUAAUAUUGAAAACAAAUAGAGUUUAGAAUCUAUAAAGAGAAAGCAUUUAUUUUAAAGUUCUCUUCUAUUUAGCAGUAUUUACAAUAUCUAUGUAUACUAUUUUAAGACUUCCUUGGAUAUUAAAUUGGUGUGCAGCUUAAAAUUUUAUUGAAACAUCUGAUUAUUAAAAUGAAUUUCUUUGCAUAGAAAUUUUUGAUAUGAGUCUAGGAGGAAUGAUAUUUAUCAUAUUCUUUAUUUCACUUCAUUUCGAUUUAAUAAAUUCUAGUCAAUUUAUUGAAUCCUUGAGUAAAUUUAUGAUCUUAGAAUAAUAAUAAGCAAAAAUGAUUUCAAGGGCCCUUGCCUAUCAUAAAAAUUUUAAGAAAUUCACUGCGAUCAUAUAAGUAUCUGUGUAAAAAGAGAUAUUUAAGAAGACAUAAGAGAAAGCAUAAGACAAAUUAAAAAUGUGGCAUGCAAAAUUACUCGAUAAAACAUAAGACAAAGUCAUAAUUGCAGAUGAAAUAAAAUAAGAAUAUUAACCUAUUUAAUAAUUAGAAAAAUAAGAAUAAUAAUAAUUAGAAAAAUAAGAAUAAUAGUUAGAAAAAUAAGAAUAAUCGCAAUAACAAUAAUAAUAAUAAUAAUAAUAACAAUAACAAUAACAAUAAUAAUAAUAAUAAUAACAAUAACAAUAAUAAUAAUAAUAAUAAUAAUAAUAAUAAUAAUAAUAAUAAUAAUAAUAAUAAUAAUAAUAAUAAUAAUAAUAAUAAUAAUAAUAAUAAUAAUAAUAAUAAUAAUAAUAAUAAUAAUAAUAAUAAUAAUAAUAAUAAUAAUAAUAAUAAUAAUAAUAAUAAUAAUAAUAAUAAUAAUAAUAAUAAUAAUAAUAAUAAUAAUAAUAAUAAUAAUAAUAAUAAUAAUAAUAAUAAUAAUAAUAAUAAUAAUAAUAAUAAUAAUAAUAAUAAUAAUAAUAAUAAUAAUAAUAAUAAUAAUAAUAAUAAUAAUAAUAAUAAUAAUAAUAAUAAUAAUAAUAAUAAUAAUAAUAAUAAUAAUAAUAAUAAUAAUAAUAAUAAUAAUAAUAAUAAUAAUAAUAAUAAUAAUAAUAAUAAUAAUAAUAAUAAUAAUAAUAAUAAUAAUAAUAAUAAUAAUAAUAAUAAUAAUAAUAAUAAUAAUAAUAAUAAUAAUAAUAAUAAUAAUAAUAAUAAUAAUAAUAAUAAUAAUAAUAAUAAUAAUAAUAAUAAUAAUAAUAAUAAUAAUAAUAAUAAUAAUAAUAAUAAUAAUAAUAAUAAUAAUAAUAAUAAUAAUAAUAAUAAUAAUAAUAAUAAUAAUAAUAAUAAUAAUAAUAAUAAUAAUAAUAAUAAUAAUAAUAAUAAUAAAUUAAAAGUGAAGAGGAAAUACCAAUAAGAAAAGAAUUCGUCAGUCAGUUUGAAAAUAUAUAAGAAGAAAGAAAAAGUCAAGAAAUUUUAGAAACUUAACUUUUGAAAGAUACAAAAUUUCAAAGUUUAAGUAAAUCAUAAAAGUAAUGUAUAAAAAUUAUUGCUUCAAUAUAAUCCUUAAAUAAUAAAUUCAAAUUUAUGGGUUUACCAAAUGUAAUGGAUUAUCUAUUAUCAUAAAAUAUUAUUUUAAAAAGGAGAGUUUAAUUUUCAUUGAAUGAUUUUCUUUAAGAAAAUUACAGAUAAUUUGAAGAAGAAUUAAUUUAUUUAGAUUAAUUUUACUCUCAUUUACACAAAAGAUUAAGAGCUGCUCCAAACCAAAUUUUAGAUACAAAUGCAAUUUCAGAGGAAUUUAAUUCUAGAUUAGAGAAAUCAAUUUAUAAUCCAAAGACUGGUAAAAAGAUGUAAAGAAUGAUCUCAUCAAUGAAAUAAACGUUGAAAUAAUCAAGACAAGUAUUACUUUAAUCUUAAAUAUCUGUAUCUCCUUAAUUUUUAUCAUAACAAUAAUAAUAAGAAGAGAUUAACUAUGAAAAAUAUGUAAAAUCUACUGAUCUAUAUUUUGUUAAAAUAGUUGAUGAUAAGCAAUUAAUAUUUGUUGAAAAUUCAAAAUAUUGUUCAGCUCUUACAAAACUAUCUUUAGGUGUUCUUAUUUUUAGGAUCUUUACAGAGAUUUUUAGUUUAAUAAUUACUUAUUGGAUGCCUUUUUGUUUUUUACUCAUAAUAUUUUAUUAUGCUUUUAAUAGUGGACUUUUGGGAGGGGUAUUACCAAUUAUGUUAUUUGUAUGGAUAUUAAUUGAUGAAAAAGUAUAAUCAAAAUUAUUUUGGUUGAUAUCAUUUGGUAUAUAUUUUUUCAUUUCUAUGUUGGUAUUUGCUUAUUCAUUAAGUGGAGUAACUGAAAAAUAAAAUCAAAAAAAUAGCAAUGGAAUUUUAGAUACUUGGUAUUAUCCUCUAUAUAAUGGAAAUUAAAGCAUUUCUUAUGAAGUUAUACUAAUGAUUUUUAUAAUCUUUUAAGUAUAUUUUGCCAAAUAAUAUGGCAUUUAUUAUAAAAGCUUAUUGGAUAUUGAAAACAUAUUUUAAGGAUAUUUAAGAAUGAAAAUUAAUAAAUUUACUCCAUACAUAAAAAAAAGAAUUAUUGAAGAAUAAAAUUUGGCAAAAUCAGAUGAUGAAGAAAAACUGAUUUUAGAAGAUGAUUUAUUUGAUUAAUAAAAUUAAAAAGAGGAAAGCAAUUAAUUUUAAUUGAAGGAAAGUAUUGAAAUAGAAAAAAGAAUCAUUGAUGAUCCAAAACUUUUGAUUUAAGAUUCUUCAAGUUUAUUUGAGAGAAUAUUUUCUUACAAAUAUUCGAGACCUGGUGUUGACUUAUAUCCUAUAACAGCUAGUAUUUAGAUUUUAAUAUUAAUUUAUACUCUUAUAUUUUUUACAAAUAUGGUCAGUGAAUCAAUAAGAAUUAAUAACAUAUUGAAAACAAAUCAAAUACCAGCAUCAUUGAUAUGGGCACUUUUAGUUGAAUUUAUAUUGAUGUUUUUUGAAAGAUAUAUUACAAUGAAAGGUAAUACAGAAAUGAAAGAAAGUGAUAAUAAAAAGUAGUCCUUUUUUUAGAAAUAUAAACUAUAAUUUUUCCUUAAAUUUUUAUUAUAGUUAUGCACGAUAAUACUCAUAUAUUGGUUGGUAUUUUUUUAAUUAGGAAAACCUUGGAGGGAUAAUGCUAUUUAUAGUCAUGAUUCUACUUCAGCCUCUUCGUAUACAACAUUUAAAACAAAUGGAUAUAUAGAAUGUUUUUUCAUUUUAUAUUCAGCUUAUUUUACAGUUUCAGCCUUAUAACUUAGGUUUGGUUAUAAAAAACUAAAACUUAGAAACACUUUAUUAUAAUCCUAUAAUUUAAUAUCUUAUGCUAUAGCUUAAACUUAUUAUUCAAUACCAUUUUUAUUUGAGCUUAAAGUAUUGAUGGAUUGGACAUUUUUAAAGGUACUAAAAUAAUAAUUUAUUAUAGACUUCUUUAGACAUUUUUUAAUGGUUCACAUUAGAAGAUAUUCAUGGAAUAAUGUAUUUUACUAAAAAUCAAUCAAAAGGUUAUUUAGAAAAACCUUUAGGAUAAAAAAUAUCAGGAUUUAAGAAAUGCACAUGUGGUUUUUGUUUAGUUUUGGUGAUAUUUGGUUGCAUUUUUGUUCCUUUGAUAUUAUUUUCAAGUUUAAAUCCAGCUUCAGAAUUGAAUCCUGUAAGAGGGGGAGAAUUUUCACUUUCAUUAAUUAAUACUAAAACAGCUCUUAAUGUUGUUUUAUAUUAAACUAAUUAAUUUUAUGGAUUAGAAAAUACUUUAGAAACUAAACAAGAAAUUGAUGAAGCUCUAGGUUCAGAUUGUACAAAUUAAAUAAUAACUAAUGCUCCAAAAUAAGGAGAAUUAUAAUAAUUUUAAUUACUUAAUUUUUCAAAUUCAAAUUGGGAUAUUUCAUAUCCUUUAUUCCAACAAUUACAAGAAUAAUUAACUGAAAAAAUUGAUGGAAAUGUUGAUCAUGAAUUUUUCUUAAAUGUAUCGUUUAUCUUUACUAGAGAUCAAUAAAAAAUUAUCCCAACUAAAAAUUACUUUUAAUAUCCUGGCAGUGGAAAUAUUUAUCUAAAGGAUCUUUCUGGGUAAAAUGAAAGUUCUUUGAAUAAAACUACAUUAAAAGCACUUUAAUCUCUACUGAGGUGUGUUAAUCGUGAGGAUUCAACAAAUCCUUAAUAAAUAUUUUUAGAAAACUUUUAUAUUUAAACUGUAUAAUUAUACUCAGCUGAUGGAACUUCAUUCAAAUCAAAACCUAUUUUUGCAAACGCUAAUUAAAGUAUAGGAAAUGCAUCAUUAUCAUUCUUUUGUAAUGGAUCAAGUCCUUUAGAAUCAUAAUCUUGGUGGACUCUAGUUUAUUCAGGUAACGCAUGUUUGCUAGAAUAUUGUGAUGAAUCUGAAAAAAAAGAUUAACCUAAUGGUUUAAUUAUGUUUGUAGUUUCAGAUACUUUUUCAACUUUAACAUAAGGAUUCAGUAUAAUAACAAUUUACACAUCAGUCAUUUUACUUAUAGGAUCAUUUAUUCGAUCAUUCUUUUCUGGACAAAUAUGGAUGUUAGAAUUCAAAGGAAUGGUAUAUCCUGAUGAUUUAAUUAUGAUUUGUUAGGCUAUUUCUAUUGCUAGAUCUCAAUAAGAUUUCAAAAGGUAUUAAAAAUAUUAUUUAUAUUUAGCGAAAAUAUUUUAUACUUUGAAUUAAUAGACAUACUUCGAUCUCCUGAAAUUGUUAAAGUUAUGACUGGAACAUGGACUGAAGAAAUUAAAAAGAAAGAAUUUGAAAGAGAAAAGAUAUUGCAAUAAGAAAAUGAAGAACAAUUAUUAUAAUAAUAAUAGGAAUAAGAAAAAUAGAAAGAAAAAGCAUCUAAUAAUAAUAAUGGAUAAAAGUUAAAAUAAGAUUGA